AUUAUGCCAUUGAUAUUCAUCUACUAGUUCCUGAAUACAAUAAUUACUCAGAUUUUAAAUGUCCUUAAAAUUGAAUGUAGUCAUAUAAAUUCAGACAAACGUGUAGGACUCCUUGAGUAAAUGCACCUAGUCGUACAUUGUAGGUCACACUAUUAGCCUCAGGCCUUUUCAACCCUUGUAGAUGUAUAUAUGAUCAAACUAUGUUUAUCUAUACCAAGUGAAUAUGGAUUAUAUAUUACUUUUUAGGAGGGCCAUCAAGACCGUCAGAAUCACAGACCAAACAACUUCCUCCUGAACUUAUUGAGCAGUGUGCAAAUGAUUUCAAGUUCAAUUACAGGUCAACUCUCUGUAAGAUCAGAGCUGAUCCUCUCAAGCCUUCUUCACUUGUGGGUUUUGAAAAACUACACACAAAUCUUGUAUUGGAAGAAGAGGAUGGAACUGGCAAGCAAAUAAUAGAUUACAACAAUUUUAUUGAUCUCAAAGUCAAUGGAGAGUUCCCCAAGCGGAUCUUGGUUCAGGGAGAGGCAGGGGCUGGAAAAACUACAUUUUGUGCUAAGAUUGCCUGGGACUGGAUUGAAGUGAGGCAUUUCAGUCAGUUUGUGUGGGUCUUGAUUGUUCCUCUACGUAAAUUUAAGCAACACACUAUUGGCGAGAUUGCAAAGUCUUAUCUGGCCAAAAACAAUCCAGCAAAGGUUUCUCAGAUAACUGAGUAUAUCCGGUCAAAUCCUAACAAGGUAUUUAUCGCAUUAGAUGGGCUAGACGAAUUAAGUGGCAAAUUCAUGAAGACAAAAUCUUGCGAAUCACAACCUUCUUAUAAUAUGCAACCUCAGCCAUCACAGCAAAGUGUCACCCUCUCAGAGGCAUGUCGAAGCUCAUCUGAGACUGAUGACAUUGGACUUGAAGAUAUUCUUUGUUCAGAUCAACUUGCCUCUUGUCCAGUCUUGGUGACCACUCGCCCAUGGAGAGCAGUAGAGAUUAGAUCAGAUGGUGAUCUAAUGAAGCUCUACACAUUCAUUCAUGUUGAGGGUUUUAACAGAGCUAAUUUGUCAGUUUACAUUCACAAAUACUUUCCAAAGGAUGAGGAUAAAGCAAAUCGGCUUAUCCAGUUCACCAGUGAGAAUGAUGUCAUAUCUGAAAACAUGGCCCACUUUCCUAUAUAUGUAGCCAUGUUGUGUCUUAUGUGGAAAGAACGUGACAAGCAAAAACUAAAGGAAAUGAAAUCAUUGAAAACCUUUUCUCAGAUUUUCAAAGAAAUGAUUGCCUUUCUUAAAGAACAUUAUGCUCAGAAAGAGGUGAAUAAAGUAGGCAGCCCCUCACUUAUUGCCUAUUUGAAAAGAAUUGAGGAGCUCCUUGGACCUAUUGCCAAACAGGCCCUCAAUGGUCUGCUAGAAAAUACAUUGGUUUUUGGUGAAGAUGAUUUCGAAGUAUUCCCAGAAUCCAAGGACACUGCUUGCAGGGUCGGGAUUUUGUCUCAGGAGGACAGAAUUACUGCUGACACGGAUACACAUGAGAGGAAUUCUCAUGUGCAAUUGCCAGUUUUCUUUCCUCACAAACUGUUUCAGGAGUACAUGGCUGGAGUCCAUCUUGCUUCCCUAUAUGAGUCAGAUUGUGAUGAAUUCAAAAGGCUGAUUGAUCAAGUAGUGCUGCCAAAGAAGGAGGAGUUUAGGUAUCUCCUGUACUUCACUGUGUCACAGAACAGAAGUAUUGCAACCUAUGUAAUGAACUCUAUGCUUCAAGGACUAAGGGCUUCGCAGAAACAGCUAGAUUUAAUUGUUGAUGUAGCCUUUGAGAGUCAGGACCCAGAUGUUGCAGCCUUGGUGAAGGACAGGGUUUCAUCACUGAAUAUUGAGGUGGCCAUAUCCCAAAACACGACAGCACACACUGUAGCUGGUUAUGCUUUCAUUGGACCACAUGUGGUUGGACUCCAAAGAGAGAGAGAUUGUGGACCUACCAUGUCACUUGAUGUGGCAGAGAUAAUAUCAUGCUCCAUGCAAUCCUUGAAGAAAGCUUCUCUAUCAUGUGCAUUCCAUCAGUGUUUUUUUGAAACACUUGCAAAGAAAGAAAAAGAAUCAAAGGUGAGCAGUUCAUCCAAAAUUGUGAUGCAUGUAUGAGUGAUUGAUUUAAUUUCAUCCCAUUACCACCUCUUCCCUUUUCUUAUCUACAUUUUACUUUUCUUUAAUUCUUUUAAAUGUCUCAUAUAUGUUGGUUCUUUUAACAGAAGGAUCAUUGGUCUUUUCACACUUUUCACAGGCGGCAGUAGUGUUAACAAAAGCAUUUAAGUGUGAAUACUAACCGUGGAAACCUUGACGGUGGGCAGGGAGCACCAUGUAAACAGUCGUAUGCAUGUACAACCUGAAUGCUCUAAAAGAAACG